AUGGCGGAGGACGACGAGAACAUGAGCGAACAAGAGUUCAACAAUGAAGACGCCGAGACCGAGCAGAAAAUCAUCAAUGAAGAAUACAAGACGUGGAAGAAGAACGCUCCUUUUCUCUAUGAUAUGAUCCUCAGUACGGCCCUGGAUUGGCCUACCCUUACAACUCAGUGGUUCCCAGACGUCACGGCGGUUCGCGACACCGACUACUCCAAACACCGUCUAUUGAUUGGCACACAUACGGCUGAAGGCCAACCGAACUACCUAGAAGUGGCCAGCGUCCAAUUGCCCAACCGCAAGAAACCAGAUGUGAAAGACUACAAUGAAGAGACAGGAGAAAUCGGUGGAUACGGUGGCGGAUCAACAGGCAAAAAUCAAAUUGAAGUCAAGUUCAAUAUUGUCCAGAAGAUUGAUCACCCUGGCGAGGUCAACAAGGCACGAUACCAGCCCGACAACCCGAACAUUAUCGCUACCAUGUGCACGGACGGGCGAGUCAUGAUCUGGGACCGAUCGAAGCUCCCUGGCCUGCCUUCAGGAAGACCUAACCCUACGAUAGAGCUCAGUGGGCACACCAAGGAGGGUUACGGUCUCAGUUGGGAUCCCUUCCACGCUGGUCAAUUGGCCACGGCCAGUGAAGAUUUUACAGUCCGACUUUGGGACAUCACACAGGCCACUAAAACCAACAAGUUACUCAACGAAGCUCGUCGUUACACCCAUCACUGGGGAAUCGUAAACGAUGUGCAAUUCCAUCCCCUCCUUCCAAAUCUGGUGGGAACUGUCUCCGACGACCUCACCAUGCAACUUUUGGAUCUUAGACAGGGUGAAACUACCCGAUCAGCUGCCAAGGGCGAGAAUCAGCAUCGGGAUGCAAUCAACGCCAUUGCGUUCAACCUUUCAGUGGAUACUGUAGUGGCCACUGGAAGUGCCGACAAGACCAUUGCUCUAUGGGAUCUGCGAAAUCUCAAGGACAAGCUGCACGUUCUUGAGGGCCACAAGGACAGUGUGACGACAUUGGAAUGGCAUCCGUUCGAAGAGUCGGUUCUGGCAUCAAGCAGUUAUGAUCGAAGGAUAAUGUUUUGGGACUUGUCCAAAGUUGGCGAGGAACAGAAUCCUGAAGACGGUGAAGACGGACCCCCCGAGCUUCUUUUCAUGCACGGAGGACACACCAACCGGAUCAGCGAUUUCUCAUGGAACAAAAACCUUCCCUGGGUGGUGUGCAGUGCAGCGGAUGACAACUUGAUCCAGGUGUGGAAGGUUGCAGAGGCUAUUGUUGGUCCUGACGAUGAAGAUGUCCCAAUGAAUGAGCUGGAAGGGUGA